GUUUUGCCAGUGCAGUGCAGCAGAAGAGAAUGAGGUCACGCAGCUAAUAUCGACACGGAUGGAUGGAUGGAUGGAUGAGUGGAUGUGUGUGAGUGAGUGAGGAAAGGUCAGGCAAGGCAAGGAGAGAAAAAUGCGGCGAAAGCAAUGCAGCAACGAGCGAGCAACGCUCCGGGCGGUUUCCCGCGCCGCCCAGAGGCACUGACGCGUGAAUGACACUGCCUGUAUCCAAGACCCUGUUCUCAACCACACGCCACACCACGCCACAUAACACAAGACAAGACAAGACAGAGAGAGAUCAGAGGCGCAAACAGUCUACCCACCCACGAGAAACAACACCUUCUUCCCCUCUCCCCCCCCGCCAGACAAACCAGCCAGGGGGGGCGACACUCUCUGUAUGAGUGUGUGCAUGAAGGACAGAGGCAUCCGUCCGUGGCAAAAUUCAUCCCCUCUGCAGUGCACAUGACCGGUGCGAAACGGAAAGACAAAAACAAUACUCAGGCACUGUUGUACUGUGGGUAUGGACUGACAGCACACGUCACGUGCACACCAAGGGAAGGAAGGCAGGGCGCAAAACAAGCGGACACGCCGACUCACAGACAGACACAAGUCCCUGCCGACUGACUGACUGACUGUCAAGGCGUCUGUCGGGCUACUGAGGCAGACGACGGCAAAACGGGCGGUGACGACAGCGCCGCAUUUGCGGAUGGAUGGAUGGAUGUCUAUGGAUGUCUAUGUAUGUCUGUGUGUGUACGAACAAACAAACCCACCCAUGUGUGUGUGCCUCACAGUCUGUCUCUUUGCUGCAUAGGCAUGGAUCCACACGCAUAGCACACGGACAGGCACACGCAACCCAAUCAAGCUCCAGAUAAACGCCCGGCCAUGCGUAUCCAUCCACUCACUCACACGUAGGUCCAUCGAUAUAUAAACAUUCCUCUCCUUCCCUCUACAGUCUCUCUCUCGCCCCCUCCCUCCCUCUCUCCCUCUCUCUGCCUCCCUCUCCCCCGGGCCUUUGGCCUAGAAGGGUCGUCUCAGCUUCCUCAAAAACGCCGCAACGCCCUCGGCGUGGGUCGUGGACGCAUACAGAUCCUCACCAACCAGCGCCCGGCACCGCGCCGUCACCUUGUGCAGGUUGCGCCGGGGCAUAUAGGGCACCAGAUGAUGCUCGAUAUGAUAGUUGAAGUGCCCCACCCAGCACGACACCACGGCGUCCCACGACCCCAUCACCACACGCCGCAACACAGACGGAAAGGAGGCCUUGUCGUCACCAGCAGCAGCAGUAGUGAAGCCGUGCAAGCCGUGGUCCAUGGCGGCGCGGUUGUGGUUCUCUGUGACCCCGGCCUGGAGGGCCACAAAGCCGUGGAGCCGCUGGUCGACGGCCGACGUCUGGUGGACCGUCCCGAGGUACUGGUCGACAGUGAUCGCGUCGAACAGGAAAUGGUUGAGCGAUGCGCACAGGGCCAGCGAGGCAAAGCCGAACUCGCCGACCAGCAUGAUCCAUGACGCGUAAUGCCACGACGCGCCGAACAGCAGGGUGGGGAGGAAGGGAGCCGCCAUGCGCGCCAUGAUCCCGCCGAACACCAAGGCGUCCCGUCGCUUUGCGGCUUCGACGACCGACCUGGCAACCUCUAGAGGCAUGUAGAUCCACAGAAUGACGAAGAACCACAUGAAGCUGGCCCAUGUGGCGUAGCCGGUGGAGAGCUUGUCGAGGGAUGCUUCGAGCAGCUGAGCGGGGUGCCAGUAGACGAGGGGAGUGGUGUCGAGGGACUUGUCGCGGCCGACGACGUGGGGAAAGGCGUGGUGGGCGUCGUGCACAAUGGCGCCCUCUGACCAGUCGAUGCCGCCCCACACCACGGCAAACCACUUGCAGAAGCUGCACACGGCCCGGCCCCCACACACACACAGCCCCCAUGUGAAUGGGCAUCCAUAAGGUCGCCUGUCCCUCAGCCACAUACCGCUUUCCCUGUGCUUUGGUUUCGAAUGCCGACUGAUGGCCGACGUCGUGGCAGAGGUACUGCCCGAGCAAUGCGCCAAAAGCCCCGCACCCGAUGCUCGCCACAUAGAGCAGCCAUCCCCACCAGCUGGCAGGGAUUCGGCCCUGGAUGCACCAGUGGGCUGUCAGGAGCGAGAUGAGGAACAGCACAGGGCCCUGCAUGUCCCACAACCAGUGCCUCAACGGGUACGCGAACAGCCCCUCGGCGGCGAACUCCUCGAUGAGUUUGUGCAGGGCCUUGUCGCGGCUGCACAUGAGGUCGGACGUGUCUUCGCCACUACUGGCGUCUGGCUGAGUGAGGUAGCCCAUCCAGCUGACGCGCAGCCGCCGCCACACCUGAUCGGACUUGAUGUGUGCUGUGUAGAACGAGAGGGAAGCAUCGAUGCCUGAAGGAAUCAAGGACACAAAACAAACCAACCAUGUGGAAUGCGUUUCCCUCCUCCAUGGCGCAUCCGUCUGUCCUCACCAACGAAAUCAGCCAGGAAGUUCCCUCCAGGGUGUUUGCCGGGCGCCGUGAGUCCGCUGAUGUCAUAGACGCUGCCGUUGAUGAUGGUCCACUGCCGGCCCUCCUUGACUGCCUGCCGAAAUGCGGCCGGCGUGACGUACUUGGGAGUCUUGGCCUUGAGGCGCAUCUCGUGCUCGUGGCGCACGUUGAGGCGGUCACCGUUGCCGUGACGCCACCACCUCAUCAGGUGGUCUGCCCACGCACAAGCUGCAAGCAGAGCAGAGCAGAGCAGAGCAGAGCAGACAGGCAAGCAGUCUUGUCCACUGACGUGGCCCUGCCCAGUGACUCUCUCUCUCUGCAAGCGUGUUCACACCAGUGAGUUGGUAGAGCACACAGCCUCCCAACAAGACUCCCACCAACGUGACGGCGCCUGCAUGACAACACCACCAACACGCAACACGUGAGUGCAGCGAAGCAAGCCGUGAAAGAGUGAUGUAUGUCCUCUGUCUGAGUGACUGUCUGGUCUGCUCACAUCGUGUCCACAGUGUUGGCUCGGAGACCAGGGUCAGCCCGACAAGCCCAACACCGAAGAGGAGGGCAUUGACGAGCAGGGCGUUGCCAGCGAGCCAAGGCGGCCCCGAUACCCGCUUGGCUUGCAUCAGCACCUGCUGGACGACCUCCCUCCGAGAUAGUGAGAAGAGGUCAAGGAAGCCCAUCGAGGCACUGGCGGCGCGGGACGGCGGACGAUGGUAAAGUGGGUGCUGCCCAGCCGCAGAUCAGCCACCCUGAGCCCUCCAGCUGACCACCUCAGAUUAGCUCCACCGCACGCAGACACACGGACAAAUCCUCGGCAGCAGAGAGACGGCCCUUCUGUGGCUGUCUUUGUGUGACCUUGCUGUGUGACCUUGCCGUGGAGCCCUCUCU